AUGGGGUGCUGCCCGGGGGACUGCUUCACCUGCUGCCCUCAGGAUCAAGACUGCUGUGAGGUGUGCUGCUGCCAGCCCGCUUGCUGCGACUGCUGCGGCUGCUGCGGCUCUGGCUGCGGCUCCGGCUGCGGCUCCGGUUGCGGAGGCUCUGGCUGCUGUGGGUCUUGCUGUGGAUCUGGCUGCGGGGGCUGCGGGGGCUGUGGGGGCUGCGGGGGCUGCGGAGGUGGCUGCUGUGGCAGCUGCUGCGGAUCCAGUUGCUGUGGCCCCAGUGGGUGCUGCGGCCCUGUCUGCUGCCAACCCCCGCCUGUGUGCGAAACGAAAUGA